GCCUGCAGGGGGAGGGCGGACAGGGCGCGGGGACCGGCCAGCCAGGCCGCUGCGGGCGCUGUUUCUCUUUCACUUUCCUUCCCUGUGGGGCUGGCGCGCUGGCGGCCGAGGAGCGGCGGUGGCAGCCACGGGAUAUGGGAAAGCAAAACCACCAAGAGGAGUGAUGAUCAGCGAUCUCGAUCUCGUGAUAAAUCUGGAUUUUAAAUCAUAUGCCUCAGGACAUCCAGUUGGAGAGGACACACCAACUCCUGAGAUCAGACUUUCAUCCACUUAAUACCCUUGUUUACCUGAACUACUAAAGCCAGUCUCAGCUAACCACGAAUGGCUACCCAAAGGAAGCACUUGGUGAAAGAUUUCAAUCCCUACAUCACCUGCUAUAUCUGUAAAGGGUAUCUGAUCAAGCCAACUACGGUGACAGAAUGCCUUCAUACCUUUUCUCUCUCAUGGCUUUAUACCAACUUGAUACCACUACCCACACCUUGUGCUUCAUGGAAUCAUGGUACCUGUGACCACAAACUCCUCAUACUCUGCAGAGGCCAGAAGUGCCAUUGUAACUCCCAGUUUCCCAGGAGCACCCUGCCAGUAAAAAUUUGUAAGACUUGUAUUGUCCAGCACUUUGAAGAUAGCAAUGAUUGUCCGAGGUGUGGCAACCAAGUUCAUGAGACAAAUCCAUUAGAAAUGUUGAGGUUGGAUAAUACAUUAGAAGAAAUUAUAUUUAAGCUGGUUCCUGGACUACGAGAACAAGAACUUGAGCGUGAAUCUGAAUUUUGGAAGAAAAAUAAGCCUCAAGAAAAUGGACAAGAUGAUACAUCAAAAGUUGACAAGCCUAAAGUAGAUGAAGAAGGUGAUGAAAAUCAAGAUGAUAAAGACUAUCACAGAAGUGACCCACAAAUUGCUAUAUGUCUAGAUUGUUUACGUAAUAAUGGACAAUCAGGGGACAAUGUAGUAAAGGGUUUAAUGAAGAAAUUCAUCCGAUGUUCUACUCGUGUAACUGUGGGAACUAUUAAAAAAUUUCUAAGUUUAAAACUAAAACUUCCAAGUUCUUAUGAGUUGGAUGUGCUGUGCAAUGGUGAAAUUAUGGGAAAAGAUCAUACUAUGGAAUUCAUCUACAUGACAAGAUGGCGACUAAGAGGCGAAAACUUUCGGUGUCUGAACUGCUCAGCUUCGCAAGUCUGCCCUCAGGAUGGCCCUUUGUAUCAGUCUUACCCCAUGGUAUUGCAGUAUCGACCAAGAAUUGAUUUCGGUUAGACCAAGGGGCCUAGCUCCCUCUGAGAUGAAUCCUUCGCUCAGUUUACUCAUCGACAGAUUGCACAAUGAACAGUGUGUGGACUAGAGGGACACAACCAGAUUUUCAGCAUGCAAAUAAGGCCAUUGUCUGUCUAAAUUGUCAGUUGCAUCUAUGUUGUUUCUAUUAAGAGCAAACCAAGUGCCAUUCUGCUACUGAACUGUCUGCAUAAGGUAUCUGUGCCGUCUCACAGCGUGCAUCCCCAUCGUUGAAAUUGGUUAGGUGUGCAGCCAUGAUCCAGCCUUCGGAACAUUUUGCUUGCCUGUACCAAGAUUGUUCUAAUGUUUGAUUACACUAAUAAAAUGGCUCAAUCUUUGUGGUGUUGCAGUUUUCACAUACUUACUAUUUUAUUACCUUGUUUCAAUAGAGUACUAUACAGGAAACUAAUAUCUUGAAAUUAUUUUGUAUGGGAAAGAUAUUUAGAAAAGUGGUUUUUGAGCCACUGUCUUGUCCUUGGUAAGCUUUUUGUGUACAAAAUAGUUCACUCUUGAGUGUGCAAAUCCUUUUGCGAAAAGUUCCAAUUAUUCUUUAACAUCAGAGCACAUCAUGUGUAGACAUUUUAAGUUAUCUGUGUAGUCCACCAAUUGCACAAGGAAGGCACACUAGCCCUCCGGAUUGAGAACGUGUGUGACUUUUUGGAAAACUGACGUGAGAUUCACAAUCAUAUGAAAUGUUGGCAGCUGAUCACAUUUACUUCUAAUAAAAUUAAUGUGUGAGCAAG